AGCGCGUUGUUGAAUGUAUUCGUGAAAUUUAAACUUCCUAGUUAUAAAGCAUCCCUGACCGAUGAUGAGUUUUCGGAGGCAUUUGUCCACGGAAGAGAGAUUAGAGAAAAUCUGUUUGAGAAUCAAAUUCCGCUGGAAGUCUGUCGAUACAUAGUUGUCUCUGAAAAUUCAAAGUUUCUUGGGCGACUUCCGUCGAUUGUAAAUCACGGUAUAAAUUUAUAUGAUCCUUUGCCGCCUCCCGAUGGAACUAACCCCUAUACGGAACAAGUUGCAAACAUGAAUAAUCCAAAUUCUGGAAACAUAUUUGAAAUUGAUCUGCAAAGAUUUUUGGGAAGAAUGCCGAAUGCAAAUGUACAACUUCUCGCUGAGCGCAUCAAUCAGAUUGCCGAUGCCACCAAUUUGCAAGCAGCUGCCGAUAGGCUUAUUGAGAUGCUGGCGGGUCUCCGUACUGAUGAUGGAAAUGAGGAAACUGCAGUGAAUAAUCAAAAUCCGGUACCCAAUAUGCCUGGUGGAUUUCCCCAAGAAUCUAAUGAUGGAGAGGAUGAAUUGAGAAAUGGUGGAAAUGGUGAACCACCACAGGAAGAUCGAAACGAAUGA